AUGGCCACGAUAUCCGGCCCCGAACCUCACCGUGCCGCUGAGAAGGCCUGCAAGAAUGUGGCGUGGUGCACAAUCCCGCCAUAUCUGUUGAAAGAGCAAGCAAAUCGCGAGGAGGCAGGCGCACAGCCCUGCUCUUCCUUCUUCAGCAAAUUGAACUCUGACGUUCGCUCCAUGAUCUACGAAGAACUUGCUCAUGGCGAGGAGAAGGCGUUGUCGAUCGAGUAUCGUCCGGGCGCUGGCCUGAACGAAUUUGAGUGGUGUCCGAACGCUCUAGGAUCUUUGAUGUCCACCUGUCGCAUAGCCCUGACCGAGAUCUCACCUACACUUCACAAAACGGUCCAAUUCAGGGUGGGCGCUUCUACGAUACUGGGUCUCUACGGUACAGGAGGAUUCCUCAAUCGUGCCUCAUUCGAAACAUUCACAUCGAUCUCCAGGCGCGCAGCAGUAACCCUGAGCUGGUGCCUUGCUGCAUUUCCGAAGUUGGAGGAUCUCAGGCUUGCCACCAGCUGCACAUUUGAUGUUCGGAUUGAGGAUCUCUUCGCUGCCACGACGCCUGUCGCAUAUCAAAGCAGCCGGCUUGACUACACUUUAUCAACCAUUCGGCCGAAAGCAGAUACGUAUAAGCUGGGAACCACGUUCGUACAAGACUUCCAAAAGACAUCACAAGCACACCAAGAAGCACAAUUCGAAAGAAUGAUACGCAAACUCGGCUACCCACUCGCACCUCCAGACAGAGACUCAAUCGUAAUAUUCUGUCCGAAUAACGGACGGGCAGAAUUUCAGACUAUUCACCGCGUUGACGCCCUUAUCGAUCUUAUUGACUGCAUUCAGACAGUCGAAACGUUCAAAACACGUCGCGAAGGUGCACAAGUCGCUCAUACCCAACAGCUUGCCGACUUCGGCCACUUGCCAGCUUUCCAGACCCUAGCUGCGCUCGAGGCGUCUGAUUGUCCGACCAUCAUCUUCAUGGCAAACGCUGAUGCAAAAUGGGGUCAGGCGGCGUUCGAUUCUAGGCAGCUAUUCUCCUCUUGCAUCAGUCCGACUCACAUCAUCCAUCUCGACCUCUCAGCACUGACUUGGAAUUGGUAUCAGGGUGAUGACGUUUCCAAAUUUGGGGCACCAUUCAAGGAGGUUAUGAAAAGGAACGUGUCGAAAUACGGCGUCCGCCCUUCGGGUGUAGCAUAA